AUGCUUUUUGUUCUUAUCGCGCUUACUAUACUUGUCAGCAGCAGUCUAGCUACUCCACUGAACGCUGACCAUGAGAAGCGUCAAAGCUGCCCUAACGUACAUGUCUUCGGUGCUCGCGGGACCACUGUGCCUCCAGGGUACGGCUUAACCAUCACAAUCGUCAAUGAGAUUCUAAGUGCCUAUCCUGGCUCAACAUCCGAGGCAAUAAGUUAUCCUGCAUGCGGUGGACAAUCCUCCUGCGGAGGCGCUAGCUAUUCUAGCUCAGUUUCUCAAGGCAUUCAGGCUGUUGCGUCGGCUGUGAAUACAUAUAACUCGAAAUGCCCUCAGACAAAGCUUGUCUUAGUUGGAUACUCCCAGGGUGGUGAAAUUAUAGACGCGGCUCUAUGCGGCGGUGGUGUCCCCAAUCAGGGAUACACUAACACUGCGAUCCCGUUGUCUUCUUCGGCCGUGAAUAUGGUGAAGGCAGCCAUAUUUAUGGGUGAUCCACUGUUCAAGACUGGCUUAUCGUACAAUUUUGGAACGUGCACUGCUGGAGGUUUCGACGCCCGCCCGGCCGGCUUCUCAUGCCCGUCAGCCAGUAAUAUACAGUCGUAUUGUGACGCUGGUGAUCCGUAUUGCUGCAAUGGCAAUAACGCCGCAACUCACGCGGGUUAUAUAACCGAGUACGGAUCGCGGGCGCUGACUUUCAUCAAAGACAAGUUGUCCUAG